GAAAAUGUUGCGUGAUAUGACCUUGUGACCAACAGUGAUUGAUUUGAAUUUACGCGUGACUGCGAAUUCUCAAAGUCUAAUGACUUUUAGAUGGUGUUACACUAGGUGUGUGCGAAAAUGGUGGCUCGCGAAAUCAAAUGUAUUACAUACUCGCAGUGUAAAACUAAGUUUAUCAUGCAGUCGGAUGGGACCAUUUUGGGGCCAGUUAGUUCCAGAAAACAAAGCAUUCUAUUCGGGGAGAUGGGAACCUUCCUUGUCUGGAAAAUCGUUUUCGGUUGUGAAUCCGGCUACAGGUGAACAUUUAGGUUUGGUUCCAGCCUGUUCAAAGAAUGAAUGUGAGAUUAGCGUCAAUGUAGCUUCAGUCAGUCAGAAAGAAUGGAAAUCGAAGACGCCGGGGGAACGAUCGUCAGUUAUACGUAAAUGGGCAGAUACUAUUCGACAGAAUGUUGACUCAUUGACGGAUCUUAUUGUAGCUGAAAAUGGGAAAUCGUCAUUUGAUGCAUGUAAUGAAGUUCUGUCAGGUGUUUCCGCUCUGGAAUGGUAUGCUGAGGAAGCUAAACGUGUUUUUGGUUUUUAUAUUCCAUCACUAAGCUCUCAUUCACGGCGUCAGCUAAUUGCUCAACAACCAAUUGGCGUUGUUGGUGUAAUUACUCCGUGGAAUUUUCCACUUUCUAUGGUAACACGAAAAGUUGGUGCUGCUUUGGCUUCAGGAUGCUCUGUAAUUAUUAAACCAGCUGAAGAUACUCCAUUAACAUCAUUGGCUAUUACUUAUCUUGGUAUUGAAAAAGCAGGAAUACCUCCAGGUGUUUUGAAUGUAAUUACAGCCGCAGUUGAUGACAAUGGAGCAGAAGAAAUCGGAAAUGUAUUAUGUACUCAUCCCAUUGUUCGUUUAAUUGGAUUUACUGGCUCUACAGAAGUGGGAACGAUGCUUUACGCCAAAGCUGCUAAUUAUGGUAAACGCGUUCUUUUGGAAAUGGGCGGUAAUGCUCCGUUUAUUAUUUUUGAUUCUGCGAAUAUUGAGAAAGCCGUUACUGGCGCAGUAGGAUGUAAAUUUCGUUGUUCUGGACAAACUUGUAUAUCAGCAAAUCGUAUUUUUGUUCAUGAUCAAAUACAUGACGUAUUUGUUAACAAACUAACUGAGGCCGUUUCUCGUCUUCACAUGGGUAACGGUGCUAAUCCAAAUACCAAUUUAGGUCCAGUUAUCAAUGAAAAGGCUUUAACUAAGAUUGAAAAAUUAGUUAAUCUAGCUGUAGAACAUGGUGCACAUCCAUUAAUUGGUGGCCAUAGUAGAUUAAAGGGUAAAAAUUCAUUUGGAUUUGAUUACUCCAAUGGUUAUUUUUAUCCGGCAACUGUUCUGUCGAAUUGUCACACAAAAAUGGCAUGUAUGGAAGAGGAGGUUUUUGGUCCUGUUGCUUCAGUUUGCAGAUUCAAGAAUGAGGAAGAAUUGAUUGAAUUAGCUAAUGCAACCCCAUAUGGUUUAGCUGGUUACAUUUACACUGAGAAUAUUAAUCAAGCUUGGCGAAUCGCAGAUGAAUUACAAGUUGGAAUGGUUGGUUUAAAUACAGGAUUUGUAAGUACUAUUGAAUUACCAUUUGGUGGAAUAAAAAACUCCGGGAUUGGACGUGAAGGUGGACCAAAUGCUUUACAUGAAUUUAUGGAUAUUAAAACAAUCACUUGGGAUACAUCAAAUAAUUGAAAAGCUUAUUCAAUUUUUUUUAUUUUCUUUUAUAUUGCCUAAUUUGUCCUCUCUUUUCAAUGCAAUUAAUUUUGAUAGUCUUAGUUGUGUUUUCCAAAGUCUAGUGAUACAACACCGUUAAAUUUUUAAUCUUUCCUAAGCUACACAAAUUUUCACCAUAAUAGAAUUACUUGAUAUUUCAAUUGUUCUCUAUUCGUUAUAUAUUCAAACUAUUCGUUUGUUCUUACUUUCCAUUCGUGUUCAUUUAAUACAGUUAGAAAAACAAAUUAUUUUUAUAUAUUAAUUAAUUUGGCGAGACUAUCAUAUAUGGACGACGACCUUUGAACGAAUCUUAAGUUGGCACUGUGACCUUGAAAUUUCAAACGCUUCUGAUUGACUCGUCCAUAAACUACAGUCUCGCCAUUAAUUUUUGUUAAGGCUUUGGAAAAAUCACAUUGUUUCUUUUCAAAUACUUAUUUCAGUAAAUGAAAUCUGUUAGUUUCUCAAUACGAUGAAAUAAUUUAAUGAAAUUUAUCUGUUUACGACUCUUUAUUAAUGGUUAUCUUUAAAUUAUACUAUGUACAGAUUUUAGGAUUCAGUUUACCUAGUCUUCAUUUCAUUUAAAUUUAGUGUUUAAAUAUAUUAUUGUUGGGUAUUGAUGAUAAUAUGUAAAAUAUUGACAAAUGUUUACGUGAUACAUUUAGUCGAUUUGAUAAAUUUGAUGUAUUUGAUUGUAUUUCCUUAUAAAAGUUUAGACCAGUUUGUUGAGUGAAACGAUGAAUUUACUUCAAGUUCACUUAUAACAUUAGUCUUAUAUUCCCUGAUGUUAAAUCUUAAUUCUGUCGUCCAAAAUGAAAAGAACUAACAUGCUCAUAUACACGCUUCUUAUAUACGGUAUCAAUCUGUUACUCGAGUGAGGGAACCAAUUGUAAGUUGGAAGCUUUUUAUUGGUUAAAUGAAUCAACUGUGAAUUUUUAAAUAAACUCAUUCUCUAUAUACGUGGGUAUGAACCACACUUCAAUUGUGAAGGGUAGUCAUUCUAUUUGGUCGCUCAAACCGAAGUAGGUGAGGCUGGAACUUAGUGGCUGGAGGUUGAACGACCUAAACACUAAGCCAUUGCUUCAUCAAAUUUUACCACAACCUCAUUCAUUCCGAUGUGUUCCCCAGAAGCUUAAGUCAGUUUUCGACUACUAUUGUAACAUGAGUACUGUUAUUAAUUUCGGGUGAUAUGGAGCAUCUGUAGAAGGUGUGAUUAUUUUUACGUGACUUAAGUUGUAAGCUCUCUAACAUUUUCUCAAAUAAAAUUAAAAAAAUUGGUAGUAUACGUUGCUAGAUUGAAUAAUACUCAAACGGACUAUUGUAAAGCAUUUAUAUUGCUAGCUAAUGCUAAUAACAAUGCUGGCUUAUUUUUUUAAUGGAAAAAGUAAUACUACUAAUUUAACUAGUCAGUAAUAGACUGCAUAACCACAUUUGUGGUGUUAAAUAUAUGUAUUAUCUGUGUGAAUUAUCAACAGUGAAUAAAUUUGCUACUAAAC